UAACAACUGUGAUUCCUUAGUGGGGCUCUGGUUUCAUAGAGUGCUUAUGUGUGGACACAGGAACGAAAACUUUAAAAAAUAAUUUCUUUUUACUGUGCUGCGUCACAUAAUGUUUGUCUGAAGAUCGUCUAUUCAAUCAUCUUAAACGAGUGAGAUGGAUGGUAAUUCCAAUCCACCACCAUCUCCUGAGUCUCUCAAGGAGAAUAGUGCAACCCACAAACAUCUCAACCCUCCUGUUCCAUCCACUAAAUCCAUUCCAGGCACUGAGACGGCUGGUCCCCCUUUCUCCAACUCUGGCAGCACAGACCGACCCUCUAAAUCCCCAUCUGUAACUCAAGAUACUACAUUAAAACACCCUAAUGUUAAAACCGGUAACGUUCCAGCCAAACCAACAACAGUUAAACCAACAACAGUUAAACCAUCCCCUGCAUCAUCACAUAUCUCUAAAACUACUCCAACUAUGCCAGCUCCAUCAACAUCAUCAAAAUCAACACCAUUAAUAUUAUCUUCUCCCAAUGACCCAUCCACACCCAGCAUCACCAUUUCUGCUGAUCCUAACCCAUCUACAGCUCCUCCCGAGGGUUCAUCGUCCACCACCAAAACACCUGCAGCGGGCUCCGGUAAACUCCCCCGUCAACGGAGCUUUUUGGCUGCAGCCCAAAAGGUGAUGAUGCAGGAGAAAUUAAGAAAGGAUGAGGAGCAGGACAAAGCUGAAGAAUAUGAUGAUAUGGAUGAAGAUCUACCGUUUGAGGAGCUCCUGGAGAAAGCUGAAACUGGAGACCCUAGAGCACAGAGUAGACUUGGUAAAUACUACCUUAAACUGGCAGAAGAAAAAGACACAGAGACAAAUAACCAUACAGCUGUUGAAUGGUUGGUGAAGGCAGCAAAACAAGGUCGGAGAGAUGCGGCCAAACUACUUCAGAAAUGCUGGAUCCAAAAGAAAGGCAUCACACCAGAGAAUGAACAAGAGGUGAGAAGGCUGUCCACAGAGAGUAAGUUUGAACAGGCAGUAAGGAGAGCAGCCAUGACAAUGUAUUGGAAACUCAAUCCUGACAGAAAGAAGAAAGUAGCUAUGUCUGAGAUGCUGGAUAAUGUCAACCAGGUCAAUACUGUACCAGGCGAACCUGCUGUAUGUGGUGUAACACCCAGCAUUCAUUCUCAGAGGAAAAUCCUCGAGACAAUGGUGUCUAAUGAAUCUGGCUCUAAGUAUGUGGAUGUGGAAGAUUUUGUGGAGAUGACAAAAAAGUUCACAGAAGGCAAGGAGAUUUUAAGGAAAAGUGAUGCAGCCACAUUUGAUACGAAAAAAAAAGAAUUGGUGCCCGCUGUUCAUAAGCGUCAUCGAAAGUCUAGCUGGGGAAUGGGGAGCAGUGGGAUGAUGCUGGCUACUGAACGCAGCAGUGCAAUGAAGAGAGCCCUGGACAUAAAAGCCCACUUCUUGGGUUUGCAGUACCCCCUCCAUGCCAUUAUUGAGAUGAAGGAACAUUUAAUUGACUGGUUGACUCGUGCUGGCGUCCAAUGGCUGAGCACCAUCAUCCCAACACAACACGUCAAUGCCCUUAUCUUCUUCUUCAUCAUCUCCAAUCUCACCAUUGAUCUUUUUGCCUUCACCAUCCCGCUCCUCAUCUUCUACCUCUCCUUUAUCUCCAUGGCCAUCUGCACACUGAGAGUCUUCCAGAGCAGCAAAGGCUGGGAGAACUUCCGUGCCUUUACUGCCCUCCUCACACGCUUCGAGCCCAGUUUAGACGUGGAGCAAGCGGAGAACAACUUUGGUUGGAACAACAUGGAGCAGUACUUCUACUUCAUGAUAUCUGUGUUCUUUGUGAUCUUCAGUUUCCCAGUUGCAGAUAAAGGCUGGAUCCCAUGUUCAGAGCUUUCCACGGUAGCCAUCUUCUUCACAGUACUGAGCUACAUGAGCCUGAGCCCGUCUGCAGCAGCGUACGCACGAAAGGCACUCAUCAUCGAGGUGGCUUCAUCUUUGUGUGCCUUGACCAGCAGGUUGCCAAAGGAAAUGGUGAUGGUCAGGAUGCUGGGACAUACUUUCACAACCAUCCCUCUAGGAGAAUCAUUGGUGUUGGAGCUCAGUGUACCUUGUGUGCUCUACGUCUACCUUCUCUACCUGUUCUUCAGUAUGGCACGCAUGAGGGGAUUCAGAGGGACGUACUGCUUCCUGGUGCCGUACCUAGUCUGCUUUGUGUGGUGCGAAUUCUCUGUGGUUCUGCUGCGGAAUUCCACCACCAUCGGUCUUAUCCGCACUUGUGUCGCCUACUUCCUCUUCCUGUUCGCAUUACCUGUCUUGGCUAUGGGCUUGAUAGCAAUGCUCCUGAUUCAGGUGAUCAAGUGGUUCCUGGAGUUGGAAUUGACUAAAAUGCUGGUGACGCUGGCAGUGUGCGCCAUCCCUGUGAUGCUGCGGCUUUGGACUCGAUUCAGUCUCUCCAUUCUAAAUAUCUUCCGUUCCAUCAACGUCAGAGGCCCAGUCAGACUGAUCCUCCUGUGUAUCACUUCAGUGAUUUUUCUCUGCGGUGUCUAUGUCUAUAAUGCUGAAGGUCUGAAGGUUUAUAACUCCACACUCACCUGGCAGGAAUAUGGUAGACUGUGCGGCCCACAUGCCUGGCAAGAUCGUGGGAUGGCUCAAACACAGCUCCUCUGCAGCCACCUGGAAGGCCAUCGUGUCACCUGGACAGGAAUAUUCCGUCGUAUUCGCGUAGCUGAGAAGGAAAACGGAGCUCAGUCUGUUAUAAACAUACUACCGGUGUUCAUGGGUGACUGGUUGCGGUGUCUCUAUGGUGAGGUUUAUCCGAACUGUGAACCACAGAAUAAUACAUCUCCGGUUGUGAAUGUCACGGAUGUCGUCCCAGAGCCUGUCAACACCACAAUGCUGUUCCUCCAGCAGGAAGAGGCCGAACUCUGUCGGAUAAAGGCCUUUGCUACGCACCAAUGCCACGUUAAACGCUUCGACAGUUACCGCUUUGAGGUGACGGUCGGCAUGCCGGUGGAUGGGGUCACAAAACUUGACGAUCCGGCAGGCGACAUCCUCCUAAUGGCAAGUCAGGAGUUUAAACAGGUGCUGCUGAACCUCGACCCAGGCAGCAUGGUAGAGUUCAGCACAAAAUUGGAAGGGAAGCUGGGUACCAAACUACCUGCAUUUGAACUGAAAGCCAUACAUUGUCUGAACUGCAGCUCGUCAUUGGUGCCUGAGGGACGACAGGUCAAGAUUGAGCGCAACUGGAGGAAAACAAUGCUUAAAGCCAUUAAAUUUGCAUUUGACUUUUUCUUUGCUCCGUUUCUUUGUGCUAGGAUCAAUGCGUAAAAAGAAGUGGAAGGAAAGAUUAGAGAUGGAAAUCUGAAUCGCAGUCCAAGUGUUUGAAGUGAUGUGUAGAUAAGUAUGGUUUCCCAUACUCGGAAUUUGUCCUCUGCAUUGGACCCAUCCAAGUGCACACACCUGGAGAAGUGGGCAGCCUCUCUUUUUUUUUUUCUUCCUGCGGUGCCCAGGGAGCAAUUGGAGGUUAGGUGCCCCUCGCUCAAGGGCAUCUCAGUUGUGGGUAAUGAGAGUGGAAGAGAGUGCUGUUCACUCACUCCCCCCACCUACAUUUCCUGUUGGUACUGAGACUCGAACCCGCAAACUUCGGGUUACAAGCCAUUAGACUCACCAUUAGGCCAAUAUUUUUUAUGUUAGGCUGAUACCCCUUUUUUUGAGCUGUUAUAAAAUUGUGCAUGCUUUGAUAUUCAAUUGGUUAACAUCUUAACUUUCAUUAAUAAGUCACAAACAUUUUAAAAAUUAUAAGUUUCAUGACAGUUCUAUUUUAAUGUACACUAUAAAAUGCUUUGCAUUUCAUUAGCAGACUGUUAAAGAAAUAGUUCACGCAAAAUUAAAAUUCUGUCAUUCACAAAUGUUACAAAUUGAGUUUAAAGUGUUUCAUUCCAUAUUUUAUUCAUCAUGUUUUUUUUAGUAAGCUUUGCUCAAAUUGGAAUUCUCUGCAUUUAAAAUCCAACAUGUGCAAGAUGCUGAAAAAAAAAACAGGAUAUUUAUGUAGAAAUACAAUUAAAAAUCAAACGCCUUUUAUGUGAAGCAUCCCUUUUUUUUUGUCCAGUGCCAAAGUAGGUUAGGGCUUUGUUUGACAUUUCUAGGCAUUUCCUUGUUUUUACUUAAACCACCAGAUUUGAUCUACGAAGCACCAUUUCUGACCUUUUAAAUUUUUUUCUAAAGCUUCAGAAAUUCAGUCUAACCCAAAUGAAUAAAGCACAUAUUUAUGAUUAUGAUCCAUGUGCAAUGGAUCUUUAUUCACAUUUUUGGGUGUUUUUGUGUCAGAUUGAUUUUUGUCAUGAAUAAGAAUGCAUGGAAUACUUUUUAGUAUUUAUUUUUCAGUGUGUGUUUCUGUAAACCUGAGCCUUAUCUAUUAUUUGUUAGUUUAAAUAUUGUUUUUUUAAUUAGUGUAAAUUAUUCAUAAAAAUCGACAUACACCCACACAGCCUGUUCAAACUUCUGUCGCACUCUGAUGAUGUCACUGU